AAUAUCUUUAAACAUAUAUUAGUCCUUAUUAUAUAUAUAGAAGCUUCUUUAUACAAACAAACAUGUCGGAUUCUGUUGUGAAUGAGCCACGCCAGGUUGUCAGGAAGUUUCUUGCCCGACCCCAACAUGAAGGCCUCGGAGCCAUUGUUCGAAGAAGUAUCGGAAGGUUUGAGCUGAAAUACUUGGAUCCAUUCCUUGUACUCGACGAAUUCUCAGUUACCGCGCCUGGCGGAUUUCCUGAUCACCCUCAUAGAGGGUUUGAAACAGUGACAUAUAUGAUACAGGGGGAAAUCACACAUGAAGAUUUCGAUGGACACAAAGGAACAAUAGGAACAGGGGAUUUACAAUGGAUGACUGCUGGAAGAGGAAUUGUUCAUUCUGAAAUGCCUGCCGCCCAAGGAACUCAAAAGGGUCUUCAACUAUGGAUCAACCUUUCUUCAAAACACAAAAUGAUCGAGCCAGGGUAUCAAGAAAUAAUGAGCAAGGACGUGGCAGAAGCGACUAGGGACGGUGUCAAGGUUAGGGUCAUCGCAGGCGAGGCGUUAGGGAUAAGGUCUCCGAUUUACACGAGAACGCCAACCAUGUUCUUGGACUUUACCUUAAAACCGGGGGCUGAUCUCCGACAAGUGAUACCGGAAUCAUGGAAUGCGUUUGUGUAUGUAUUGGAAGGAGAGGGUGUUUUUGGAAGGGAGAAUAAGAAGGGUGAUGGGGGUGUGUUGUGUCAAGGUCAUCAUAUUCUUGUGCUUGGAAUGGAGGGUUAUGGGCUUGAGGUUUGGAAUAAGGGUUGUAGGACACUUAGGUUUGUUCUUGUUGGAGGGCAGCCCUUAGGGGAGACUGUGGCUCAAUUUGGACCAUUUGUGAUGAAUACACAAGAGGAAAUUGAUCAAACUAUUGAGGAUUAUGAUAAUUUUGUUAAUGGGUUUGAGAAAGCAAGGGAUUGGAAUUCCCAAACAAGAUCCCAAGAAUUAGAAUUGGAUUACUAGAUAGGUCUUCCUUCAAGAAUAUUGGAUAUCUUAGGCUAUGAAUUCUGAUUCAAUUCUCAUCAUAGUUUAUUUAUGUUUAAUAGCAUUAUUUAUUUUUAUAUUAUAAUUUUAUAAAUUUGUCACAUUAAAUUCAAUGUACAAGAUAUUAUAAAUUGAUUUUUUCAUGUAUUAGAGACCAUGCUCAAGUCCAUCCUAUGUAACAAAUGAUUUAAAAUUUUGAAGAGUUAGUUUUCAUG